AUGAGUCAUCAUCAGGACCCUCACUUGCCUGAGUUGUCGGCCACGGGCUCAGCUGGCACGGCUGACGGUGCAGGAGCCGAUGCGGAGGCCGUUGAACCGGUGACUACCGCUGUGGCCGCGGUAGCUGUGCCGAUGCAUAGACCAGAUGGCGCAGACGGCGGUGCCAUGUCUCCUACGGCUCCUACGAUGGAUAUGGAUAUGGAAACGCCUGACCAUGCGACUGCCACACCGGCAGACGGACCAGAUGGCACCGACGGCGGUGCGAUGACUUCGACUCCUACGGCUCCUACGGUGGAUGUGGAUAUGGAAACGCUUGAACUUGACCAUGUGACUGCCACACCGGCAAACGGACCAGAUGGCACAGACGGCGGCGCCAAAACUCCCACGGCUACAGUGGAUCCAGAUCCGGAAAAGCCUGAGCAUGUGACCACUCCGGCUGCGGCAGACGUGCAACAUGAAUCACAUGGGCCAGUGCAUAGCCCAGAUGGCACCAACGGCGGUGCCGGUACUGUGGAUCUGGAAAAAGCGGACAAAGCUGCACCGGAUGCUUGCAGUAAUCCUGCACAUGUGUCACAUGUAGUGAAUGCGACUGCGUCAGCAAGGUUUGUUGAUGCAGACACGGCCGUCAGAGGCUUGUCGCGUACCAGGCGGGUGGUCCACACACUCCCGGAGUGCUUCGACUUCUUCCGCCAUGCUGUGGAAGAAGUUCUGGACUCAACACACAUGGAUCGUGGAACCAGUGAGAACUUUGCAGUUAUUGAUCCCGAAGACUUGGCUGCAAAAAUUUCUGGGCUGACGAUGUCAUCUGCUUACUCGGGCGUGGGUGCUCCAGAAGCCGCACUGAGGCUUUUGCACCAUGAGAUGCAAACCACUUGCAAGCUCCCCCCGCCCCAGAUCCUCUUCCAGGUCGAAGUGGACGAUGCUUGCAGAAAGGAGUUACUGCUUGCUCAUGGCUGUGCUGGUCGUGGUGCUGACGGCACCAGCUCCAGUGAGUGUUUGUUUGGUGACUUGAAUGAUUUCUGGUGUGAAGGGUUGAAGGAUGUGAUUGAUCAGCUGCAUAAAUCACCGGACCUUGCCCUCGAAAUCCUUGCACCUGCAGUGGCCAAAGGCACGGCCACGAAAGCUUGCUCCUAUUGCUAUCGUCACAAGAAGCAUUGCUAUUUGACAAUGGCUAAGCUUCAUGUAGCAGGGACUUCAUGCAUAGCGUAUUCUUCGAUGGGCAAACAGGGCGGCGUCAAAGAUGCAUCCAUAUUGCCGUUUUUGGCAUGGGUUUCACAGCGUCUGCAGCUGGAAGAGCCUAUGAUCUGUCACGAGAACUCGACUCGCUUUCCGAUCGACUUGCUGGUGCGAUUCCUGGGGCAUAAAUAUGUCGUUAUGUCGGUGGACUCCAAUGCGGCAGCGUUUGGUGGGGCGGCGAACCGCGAGCGAAAGUACACUUGGUCGUAUCAUCGCGGCAAGUGUCAACACCUCUUCACGCCCGGUCCUUUAGGCAUGUUCGUGAGCCGCUUCCACCGACAAUGCGCCAUGAGCUUCCGAGAAUACUUUUGCUUGCACCUGUGCUCCAAGGACGAGGCUGAGCUGAAGUCGGAUUUGACGUGGGCAAUCAAUCGACCAAGCAGCCAGUGGACGCUCUCUCACGGUGGUGGAUCUGUGAAUUCAUCUCUGGAUGGUGUAGAUUUGUUUGAAGAUGGUGCCAAGACCUUUGAGAGGGGCUUGAACGCUUUCGAAACGACCUCUUUGGCAGCAUAUCGUGAACGCUGGCCAGGAGCGGCGUUCUCACUGAGUCAGAACGGCGCAACUACGCACGCCAUGCACUCAUGCAUGCAGACGGGCUCCCUGCAUACCAUCACCCACUAUAGUGGGCUCAUUUGGGCAGAUGGUCCCUUGGCCACUGGUGCUGGCUACCAGGAUAUGAUUCCCGCUGAUGUGCAGCCACGCGUGGCGUGUCAGGAUGGCAGAUGGCUCAUGGGACGAGAGUGCCUGAUGGCGAUGGGGUGGCCUGUGCAUCCACUGCUGCAUGAGGGUUUGAAGUUCUGCAGUUUCACUGCUCCUCGAGACACUAGGCUUUUCUAA